GGAACUCAUCCCCGGGCGUUGCCGCGGCAGCGUUCGUAUCAUCGCGCCGGCGCCGGGGAACGGCAGUCAGUUGCAGUCGGCGGCCGGAGCGGUGCUGACGGCUGUUCUCCAUCUGGAGAGGAGCGGGUAAGUGAGGGAUGGGGAAAGCUGCCCCCUCUUCUGCCACAACAUGAGGUGAGCAAGGCUUGCAGACAGGACUCAGCAACCCCUUCCUCAGGCAGCAUCAGCCCUGUUCAGACCAUCCCAUACACACCAUUAGCCGAGCCCUGUACCAGCCUGCUCUCAACCCUGCCACAACACACACCUAACACCCGAACCUUGACAGAGGUGAAAGAGGGGAAGCACGGCAGUCAGUGUCCUGCCUCUACGAAAUGUUGUCAACGUACGCUCAAGAGGUCUGACGUAGAGGGCCAUGCCCCCCCUGGUUAAAUAGGGCAGCCAAACAUGAGCGCCACGUUAGGAUCACACCUCAGGUUACCAGGUUGUGGCUCCAAAGGAUGCAGUUUCGUCUAGGAAAUGUUUGUCUUCCUUCCUCCUUCUGCCUGUCACAUCCUCAAACUCACCCAUGAAACUAUUAGCUAACAGCGUAGACAGCUCCUAACAUUGCAACCCACAGAGGUGUCGCUCAAUCCCCACCCUUCUUCACUGAUCGCACUGAAGGAUUCACUUCCUUCGUUGCCCCACAGUCAACAGAUGCAACUAUUUCAGACAAAUCCAUGAGAAUGAAAGACACCUUUUGUUGUUGUUAGUGAUUUUCUUGGUGACCGUCGCCAAGUCCCAGGAGAGCCUGUUCCAGAGGAGGAUUUCUUUCCUGUCACCUUUCCCCUGCACAAGCAGCUGAGGAUCAGGUAAUGAGACAAUGCACCCUGAGGCGCAGGUGGUUGUGAAGCUGGCAUUGAAGCAAUGGUCUUUUCUGAUGUCAGGUUGGGGAUUACUAAUGUUUUUUCCCAAGCGCGUGAGCAGUGCAGAGGAGCCCAAGUCACUCUGGAGGCCAAGCCCUGAAUAGCACAUGAUAGGAAUUGCUUGUGCUAAUUUAACCUUGUCUGUGUAUUUUAUUUUUGAUUCAGACCAUCUCUGCCUGCCCUGGUGACUCCAGGCUGCCAAAUCCUUCCUGCUCCAGGUCCCCCUAUGCAGCCAGGACGGAUGGCAUCUGGCACCCCACCAGCAUAGAGGCAACAACAGUUGUUGGUUAAGGAGAUAUCAUGCUAGAUGUACUUAGGGUGCAGAACAUGGGUACAGGCCUAGUCGGGAAAAAAGGAACUGGGUAAGAAAAGGUAGAGGGAGCGCGCCUUUUGAGAAGAGAGGCCAAGAGCAGACAUGAGGGGCAAUGGACCUGUACAACUUUAUCCAGUUUUGCCACCGAGGGCUGUAAGGGGAAAUCAGGGAGGGGCAGUUAUGCCUGGGAGAGAGCAAGGGAAGGGGGAAGGGGGAGGGAUGCAGGAGAAAGGGAAGUGUUUAAUGUGUUUGUAGGGGAAGGGGCAGUGCACGACGGCAUAUUCCAACAAGUCUCCUAAUACAUGGCAGAGUCCCCUUCCAGGUACAAGACACAUCCACCUAGCUGCAUCUACUGAGGCACCCAGCAGCUGCAGAGACUCCUGGGAGGCAGGACCCGUUGAGGCCAAGGACCACAGAAGAAGGCGAGGAACCCAGCCAGAGGGACUGCGAGACUCUACCUAGCAGUCCGCCAGCCCUCCAGGGCAAGAUGGAGAGGCUGAGGCGGAUCCUCAGAAAGAGGAUGGCAAGAAUGGCCCCGGGACAGGAGAAGGACAGGAAGAAGCCUGAGGAGGAGGAGCAGGGCGGCCACCACCAGGCAGAGGCUGCAUCAAGGAAGGGCAGGUGGUGGCACUGUCUCGUGGGCUGGAGAAGAAGGGCACCUCCAGCAGCCACGGAAGAGCAGGGAGAGGAGCCAGUCAGGCCCCGAUGGAGGUGGCCCAGGAUACAGCUGGGCAGGCAGGGCCCAGCACUGCCAGAGACCCAGGCACAGCCCCCGCGCAGCUCCAGCCCCAAACACAGCAGCCAGGACCCCAGCGCUGAAGCCCAGCCGAAGGCCACUCCUCACGUGGCUUGGGAGGAGAAGCCAGGCUCCCCAGGGCAGGAGCUGCACAGGCCCUGGUUCAAGCUGGGCUCCAGCUCCUCCAGGGAGGACAGUGACAGCUCCCAGGAGGCUAUGGGCCUCCAGCAACAUGCUGCCACCGCCAGAGAUACAGUCCUGCCCUUCUACAAGGCAGAGGAAGAGCAGAGGGAGGACUUCACCUACCUGGAGGAAGCCGCCCUCUCAGUCAUCCUACGGCACCUCCAGAGCACGGACCAGACUGUGAAUGAGGGGCUCACUUUCCUCCGUGCCGUCCCCACGCUGUGCCUGGCUACAGUGAAGAGGGGCGAGGACACCCUAGAGCCGCCCUGCUGCAAAGCGGCACUUGUGGAGAGGAUCGUGGUGCUGAUUGACAAGCUGUCCGACUGUGAAGAAGAGCCCAGCACCAUCCUUCCUUACAGCAUGGCUGUUGUUUGCAUCCUCAGCAAACUGAAGCCAGCCCUGGAGCCAGCCCUGGAAUCGCGCCUCCUCUACACCGCCCUCCACAAGACCUUCCUGAUGGCCACAGGGCACAACAGCCAGCACAUCCAGGGCAUGCAGCGGAUCAGCGUGGAGUACCUGGAGGCCACGCUGCGGUGUCUGCUGGCAACUGCCCCCAGCCUGGCCAGGCUGCAGUUCAUCGGGCAGCACUUGACCUUGUGGCUCCAGUUGGAAGAUAAGAGGGACAGAGCCACAGCCAUCAAGAUCACCACCAGCCUGCUCUGCUUUGCAGUCUCCCUCCUCCCACAGUUUGAGGACUCGCCCAAGGUGCCCCUGGUGGGUGACCUGGUGGCCCUGCUGGGUCUGUGCAUCAGCGACCCAGUGGAGGAGAUCAGCCGCCAGGCCAAGGAGGGCCUCUCCCACCUCUACAAGAUCUUGAUGCAUCAGAAGGGGCAAGGCAUCCAAGAGGCACAGGAGCUGUGCCCAUCAGCCAGCACCAGCACCACCUACACCGAAUCCUCCUCUACAUCGAUCUGGCCACAAUGGGAGAGGCCUUCAGGAAGAUCCUCUCCGAAGACCAGAGGAGAGCGUUUGCACAGAGGGCACUGCUGGGGAUCCACCAUGUCAUGCUGCACGUGAGCCAGGCCGGGGUGGUUCUGCUCUAUGCCAUCCUGGGGCAAUCUGGUCACCUGACGGGGGCAGAGGUGAGCAGCAUGGUUGGAUUCAGGAAAUGAGUGGCAGGACACACUCUCUCACUUCUAGCCAAGGAGAGGGUGAUUUCUGGGUAGGGAAGCUAAAGACGGUGUGUGUUUGGUGGGGGACAACGCGUC